CUUCCAUCGUUGCGACAACCUACACUUUACGGCAAUGAAGGUGUCGCAUGAUUGGACGCUUUUGUGCCGUAAACUGUGCCGGUCAGAGAACGCAUGGGACUGAGGAUGGAGGCUAAAUCCAAAAAAAUCUAUUCUCCUAAAGAGGGAAAGAAGUUUCCACAGAAAGGCAAAGACUCCAUGGGGACCAAACUGGGUGGCAAGCCGGGUGGUAAGAAGCCCUACAAACCCUUUAACAACACGGAGAGAAAGGGCAGACCAAAGGGCGGAGACGGCGGCAAGAGAGAACACAAAUUUCCUUUCUCCAAAGCUGACGGGGGGCCACAGAAGAGGAAAAUGCCAUUUAAAGCCAAAAAUAAAGAAGACGGUGAAGGUCCGGUGUUCAAAAAGAUGAAGAAAGGCGAGUUUGAUCCAAAGAAGAAGGAGAUGACUGAGGAGGAGCUCAAGAAGAACAGGCUACAGAUUAAGAGGGAUCUGAAGAAUACCAGACAGGAGGCGGAGAAGAAGGACAUGUUCCAGAUUGUCCGUCAGUGCAAACAAGUGUGGGGGGACCUCAGGAGGAAGAAGUGCGACAACGAUUUAAAGAAAAAACUGAUGACUGAGCUUCACGAGCUGGUCCGCGGGAAGAUCAAAGAGAUGGCGUUUGCUCACGACUCUGUGCGAGUGCUGCAGUGUUUCAUCCAGUUCGGCAGCCACGAGCAGAGACAGGAGGUGUUUGAGGAGGUCAAAGAUGAUGUCAUCAAUUUGUGUAAGUCAAAGUACGGCAAACACGUGGUGAAAAAGCUGCUGAUGUACGGGAACAAGGAGCUGGUGGGGCUUGUGAUGCUAACAUUCAAAGGUCACGUGCGGCAGAUGCUUCGCCACGCCGUGGCCUCGUCCGUCAUCGAGUACGCCUACAACGACAAAGCCGUCCUCGCGCAGAGACUCAUGCUCACCGAGGGGCUGUACGGGAACACCUUCACCGUCUGCAGGUCUUCUGUAUGCAACACCAUCGAGAAAGUCGCAGAGGCGAACCCGGACAAGCUGAAAAACAUCAUCGACGACAUGAAGCAGAUCCUCACGCCCAUGGCUCAGAAAGAACAAGUGAUCAAACAUUCACUGGUCCACAAAGUCUUCCUGGAUUACUUCCAGUUUGCACCCGACAAACCGAGAGCGGAAAUGAUUGAGUCUAUCAGAGAGUCUGUCGUCUACAUGGCUCACACACACGAUGGAGCACGAGUGGCAAUGCACUGUUUCUGGCACGGGACAGCCAAGGACAGAAAAGUCAUCAUUAAAACUAUGAAGACUUACAUGUUGAAAUUUGCCACGGGCGAAUUCGGUCACCUGGUUCUUCUCGCCAUGUUCGACUGCGUGGACGACACCAAGCUUGUCAAGCAGGCCGUGCUCUCAGAGAUCCUGGCGUCUCUGGAUGAGGUAAUUGGUAAUAAAUAUGGUAAGAAGGUUUUGCUGUACUUGCUGAGUCCCAGAGACCCCGCCCACCUGCUGCCCGAGAUCAUCAAGGUGCUGCAGCAAGGAGACGGAAACGCCCACAGUAAAAAAGACAUGAAAGUUCGGAGGAAGGAGCUGCUGGAAGUCGUCUCCCCCCCGCUGCUGGAGCAUCUCCGGGACAAUGCUGCGACCAUGGUGACGGACAAGGCGUCCAGCGUCCCCAUUAGUGACAUCCUGGCGUCGGCCUGCGGCGACCUGCGGCCCGCCAUGACGGCCGUAGCUCAGCUGGCCAAUCACGAGUUGGCACCAGGAGGGGUCGAUGGACAGCUUCACAUGGCGGAGCAUCCGGCUGGACACCUGGUGCUGAAAUGGCUCAUAGAGCAGGACAUGACUCUGGCUGAGGCCGGCAAGGAAGAGCGGUUCAGCAGGAUCUUGUUGGACACAGUGGGAACCGACAUUCUGAAGACCUGGGUCAGAGUCAAUAGAGGAGCCAUGGUGCUCUGUAGCAUGCUGAACAGCUACGACAAGUCUGUGGCCGCAGAAGUGAAGGCGGCGUUGGCGUCCAUCAAAUCGGAACUGAGCAGCAUCAGCAACAACAAAGGAGCUGAAAUUCUGCUGGAGAAUCUGAACAAGUAGACUUUUUGAUUGGCAAACAGACUUAUUAUGUCAAAAGGCGCCAUUUCCUGUGCAGCAGGGGGUCUUUCUCCCCAGAAAACGGGAACAUUUUCCGGAAGUGGAUGCACCAUCGCCAAGUCUGUCCCUGAUGGAGAAAUGGACGGGCAUUUGAGUAAUGACACAUUGGAGGUGAUGCCUCGUAUGACAGCAACAAUACAGUGUAAUUCCUUCGAUGAAACGUAAUAUUUGAACAAAUAAAACAUUGCUAUGACUAAAUACAACUACGUUUUCCCCGUGAGUGAAAUGGCCUGGGGAGUUAUUUCAAUUCUUUUGUACCGUUCUGUGAUUGCAUCAAAUGCUGAAUUAAAUUUUGACUAAAACUU